AAUACUUCGCGACCUGAGUCCAAAGUCUCAGAGCCAACUUGCAAACAGCAAUCGAAGUGCACCUGCCUAUCUAUCGCUGCUCAGCUGUCUUGAUUAAGUGUAAUAAAUCUCUACGAGCACCCCCGUUGGGGCGUGGAGGGCGGGCGAGCGCAGCAUUCGCGGGACAGGCGCAAUUUUCGCCCCCCGCUGAGCACAUUACAGGUGUGUCAACAAAGUAAUGUUGCAGAUAGGUGUAGACGUUCGACUGGCAGCACAUGGUGCUCCUUUGCGCCAAGCUCCUGCGCUGAAACCCUGCCCUGGAGGCCGGCCCGUCCCUCCCACCACAUCUACGCAAACCGAGGCCGCGCCAGCGCUCACCGCUGCCUGCAACGCUAUUUGCCUCGCUGCAGUGGCUUGACCUGCGGGGCCGCGGCUUCCUGAGCCCGCGCCACACGCGGCCCCAGCGGCGCUGGCAUUCCUCCGCCAGCGGUGGGAGCGCCUGACGGGCGCUUGGGCUGGCGUACGUCUCGCACGGCUGGAUCACGACAUACACAAACACACAGACGGAGCAGCAGCAUCUGGGGUCGGGGCGAGGGUGACAGUGCAGGACGGGCACGGAGGCGCCGGGUGCGUGCCGCUAGGCGGCACGUACCCCACACGGCGACAUCAGGCCGAAGGCGCCUCAGGUCUGCGCGAACGUGCUUUGCGCCAUCGCCUUCCUAGAAGCAGCAGCGGCUGCAGCAGUAGCUUCUCACUUCCGCAACGAACUUAUUCAGAAGGGGCCGUUGUAGAAGAUAAUGUUCGGCGGUGCCAUGCCGAUGCCCAUGCCGGUGCCUGCGGCCGGCUACGGCGGACCCAUGCCUAUGCCCAUGGGGGCCUCGGUGGGGCUGGGCGGCGGGGUGGUGCCGGAGAUACUCAACACCACACCCGGCGUGACGGGCGAGGGCCGGCGGCAGGCGGUGGCCGCGACACGGCGCAGGACGGCGGCUGGGCAGGAGGGGCGCGGCGAGAUGUGCCAGCGCAUGCGCUACAUCAUGUUUGAGAUCGACGAGCACAACGGGCGCUUCCUGGCGGACCGGCCCGCCGACCAGCCCUUCCAGUUCCUGGACGUGUGCUGCUGCCCGGGCGGCUUCAGCACCUACAGCCUGGAGGCUGGCAAGGCGCCUCGCAAGGGCAUCGGGCUGAGUCUGCCGCCCAUGUACGGCGGACACCUGCCAGCCAUACCCGAGCGGACUGACAACUACUACCUGCAUUUUGUGGACGUGACCACCAUCGCCGCCACGGUGCGGGUGGGCGACAUGGGCGUCGGCACCCCCGGAUGCCCGCAGCCCGCACUGAGGCUGGACGCAGCCCUGCACGACCCGCCCUCCAACGCCUGCCAGCUUGUGAUCCUGGACGGCAGCUUCCUGGGCGGCAAGGACUGGAUCCACAAGGAGACCAGCCUCACGGACGCCGACAACCCCGCAUUCAACGUCUACAGCAGCAACGCGGCGGCGCACAAGGCGCUGCUGGUGGCGCAGCUGGUCGUGAUGGCCAACAACCUGGCUCGCGGCGGGCUGCUGGUGCUGCGGCUCAACAUGUUCCCAGACAUGUUCACAGUGGGCGUGCUGGGCCUGCUGCGACAGGUGUUUGCGGGCGACGUGGCCUCCUACAAGCCGCGCAGCUGCCACGUGCACGUGGGCAGCUAUUACCUGGUGUGCACCAACUUCGACCCGGUCAGGGCGUACCAGAUGCAGUGGGUGCCGCGCUGGUACGAGUGCCUGACCCGCAUGCGCGCCGGCGGCCCCGCGCCGCGCUUCGUGCCCUUCCCCGGAUUCCACCUGGACAGCGCGCCGGCCAUGCAGGUGUGGACGCGCGCCAUGUACGCCUACCACGUGCACCUGUGGCGCUUCCUCAAGCUGGUGGAGGUGGCCAUGGAGGAGAAGGCGCUGCUGGACAAGCGGCUGGCGCAGCGGCCCCGCACCGGCCGCUUCACCAACACCUGCGGCCGCAUCUUCGCCAACGUGCGCUGCACCGCGGGCGAGCGCUGCAACAGCGCCCACUCCUUCGCCGAGCUGCACCCCUUCGUGCAGAAGGCCUUCCGCGAGCCGCGCGGCUUCCUGCACCAGCCCGGCAGCCUGGCGCUGCUGUCUGCCCCCGUGGUGGCCUACGACCCGCUGCCCGAGACGCUGCUGGAGCUGAGGCAGCAGGCGCACAUGCAGAAUGUCCUGCGUGCCCAAGCGGUCGCGGACAGCCAGCGCGCGCGCCUGCACGCAGCAGCAGCAGCCGGCGCGGCAGCGGCAGCGGCCGCCGGCGGAGCCGGAGGGCCCGGUGGCGGCUACGCCGGCGGCAGCGGCGGCCCCAACCACCAAAACCACCAAAACAGCAACAUGCUGGGCAUGGCGGUUGGCGGCGGUUACGAUGAGGCGGUUCAGUUGGGCAUGGCUGGCGAGUGGGUGCACGGGCUGAUGCGCGGCACUCGGGAUGAGGCGGGCGAGGCGGGCGGCGAGGACGCGCUGUCGCUGUUCAUGCGCACGGCGGACGACCCCAACGUGGUGCUGGAGGGCGGGUUCGAGGACCCAGAGCCGGCGCCGGGGGCGGUGCCGCACCCCGGCGGGUUUGGGAGAGGCGCCGCGGCAGGCGGCUGGGCGGGGCCGGGAGGCGGGGUUGCGGGUGAAGGGGAGGGUGGAGGGAAGGACGGAGGAGGGGCGGGGGAGGUGGGCGGUGGUGGGGGUGGAGGUGGCAGUGGAAGCGGCGCCGCGGCGCCGGCGGCGCCGGCGGAGGAGCCGGAUGACUGGGAGCUGGAGCUGGCGGGGCUCACAGGAGCAGCGGGAGGUGGAGAGGCGGCGGCCGCGACAGGCGCCAAGGCCGGCGGCGGCGGCGGAGGCGGCAGCAAGCCCCGGCCGCGGGCAGGCAGUGGCGCCGCGGGCGGUGGCUCCGCCGCCGCGAUGCGCCCGGAGCUGCUCCAAAUGUCUGGGUACCAGCCGCGGCUGGGUCUGUUGGCCAUUGAGGUGGAGGACGAUGAGACGCUGUCAGCGAUGUGCGAGUACCUGGGCUGGUAGCGCUGGACGAGGCAGUGGAGGAAAGGGAUGAAGGAGCAGGUGGGGGGAAAGGGGGAGGGCAAGAGGGGGCUGGGGCGCAUGGGGAGGACGGGGUGAAGCAGAAGAGUAGCGCGGCGGCGGCGUGUCACAGAGUACCGGUACAAGGGAAGUGAAUGUAACAAAGCAUAGCG